CCGACCGACCCGGCGCCGACCGUCGAGUCGCAGGGCUUUGUCCUGUACGUCGGCAGCCUCGUCGCCUACGUCGCCUACCUCGUGUGGGCCUUCCUGCCCGAGCCGUGGCUCGAGGCGAUCGGGAUCGAGUGGUACCCGGCGAGGGAUUGGGCGCUCCUCGUUCCCUCGUGGAUCGUCAUGCUCGUGGCCUUCACCUACGCGAGCUACUUCUGCCUCAACCUGUUCAACACGCCGCCGCUCUCCUCGCCCUCUCUGCUC